UCGGCGCUCGGCUCUCUCUCUCCCCGCUCGCCGCUCCUCCCGCCCCGCUCUCUCCGCUCUCGUCUGUCCGCUCCUGCCGCAGCACAGCCGCGGUGUGGUCGCUCAGUCUCGGUCGGAGAAUCCGCUACACGCGCACGGAAGGCCUCCGCCACACCGUCAGCCCCGUUGCAGUCCAGCGGAAACGGAUAUAAACACCUCAGACAGAUUUUUCUAAUUUUAGCUGCGCCUCUUUUUACACAGUUGACAGCUUCGCAAAACCCCAAAAGAAGGAGAAGAAAAUAAAGCAUAAAGGCUCGUCCUCAUAAUGGCGACAGCUGCGGUGUCUGCCCCUGCUGGCUGCGGCCCCAGCCCCGGCCCGGGAACCGAGCUGGUCCGCGGGCAGGCCUUCGACGUCGGGCCUCGGUACAGCAACCUCUCCUACAUCGGGGAGGGAGCCUACGGGAUGGUGUGCUCAGCUUACGACCGGGACAAUAAGAUCCGUGUGGCCAUUAAGAAGAUCAGCCCCUUCGAGCACCAGACGUACUGCCAGCGCACGCUGCGAGAGAUCAAAAUCCUGCUGCGCUUCAAGCAUGAGAACAUCAUUGGAAUCAACGAUAUCAUCCGCACGCCCACCAUCGACCAGAUGAAGGAUGUAUAUAUUGUCCAGGAUCUCAUGGAAACAGAUCUGUACAAGCUCCUGAAGACCCAGCACCUGAGCAACGACCACAUCUGCUACUUCCUCUACCAGAUCCUCCGAGGGCUCAAGUACAUCCACUCCGCCAACGUCCUGCACCGCGACCUGAAGCCCUCCAACCUCCUGCUCAACACCACCUGCGAUCUCAAGAUCUGUGACUUCGGGUUGGCGCGUGUGGCGGACCCCGACCACGAUCACACCGGUUUCCUCACAGAGUACGUCGCCACUCGCUGGUACCGAGCUCCUGAGAUAAUGCUCAACUCCAAGGGCUACACCAAGUCCAUAGACAUCUGGUCAGUGGGUUGCAUCCUGGCUGAGAUGCUGUCUAACAGGCCAAUCUUUCCCGGGAAGCACUAUUUGGAUCAACUUAACCACAUUUUGGGAAUCCUGGGUUCUCCCUCUCAGGAGGAUCUCAACUGCAUCAUCAACAUUAAGGCCAGGAACUACCUUCUGUCGCUGCCUUACCGCGGCAAGGUGCCGUGGAACCGCCUCUUCCCCAACGCCGAUCCCAAAGCUUUGGACCUGCUGGACAAGAUGUUGACCUUUAACCCCCACAAGAGGAUUGAAGUGGAGGAGGCCCUGGCCCACCCCUACCUGGAACAAUACUACGACCCCACAGAUGAGCCCGUCGCCGAGGCCCCGUUCAAAUUCGACAUGGAGCUGGACGACCUUCCCAAAGAGACGCUGAAGGAGCUCAUCUUUGAAGAAACUGCACGUUUCCAGCCCGGCUUUAGGUCCUAACAUCUCACACGGGUGAGUCUGUGGACUGUCUCCUGCGUUGGCAUUGCACCUCCCCGCCUCCACUCUGUCGCUGUGAUGGUUUUCCUUCGUUUCCGCUCGUUCGGUGCUUGAGUUUCCUCGUCCUCGUCACCUGGAUUCCUCGGGUCUCACUCAUCAAGUCCACUCUGCUCAGGAACGGCGUCAGGAAUCAAUCAAUCAGUCAUUCUCCGUCUCUCGGUUCUUCUCUCUCGGGGGGUGGGGGGGGUGGGGUGGGGUGGGGGGGCAUCACAGCAUACAGUUUGGGGUCGGGGGUCGGUAACUUUGUGUUUCAAGCCAAGAUAAACGUGGUGUGUGUGAGCGUGUGUGUGAGUUUGGCUUUGGUUAUUACUAUUCGAGACCUUGAAAGCAGGAAUCCAGCGCAAACGGCCGUUCAGAGAGUUACCUGUUCUGGAAGAAACGGAAGGUCUUUUGAAUUUUCUAACCUCUGUCGAACUGCAGAUCGUCUGCAGUGAUCUGUUCUUUACUUCUCUCUCUAAAUAGAAGAAAACCCAAAUGAAAUCCUAGAAUCAGCCAGAGGGGCCGUCGCCGGGUGUCCACGAGCGUCUAUAUUUUAAACUUCAACACUCAGACGGCCCAAAUGCAAACAUGAGGAUGAAUAUAUAUACCCACAUAUAAAUAUAUAGAUCUAUUGAUAACCUGAAGAGUCUUAUGAUAUUUUAAUGCUAAGAGUGAUGAAAGAUAAUUUUCUUUUUUCAGUGUUUUCAUUUCUCAUCGUAACUAAGACAGUAAAAAAAAAAAAACCUCCGCACUGUUUGGAAAAAAAAAAAAAGAAUUUUCAAUGACUUCUACUUCCUUCUCAUGUUUCUGCCGCUCAGUCCAGCUGAAAUGUUUCAGCUAACUGGAGUUUUAACCUAAAGCCGCUCGAAGAAUUUAAAAGUGAAGUUUUAAAUUUAAAGGAUUUAACUGAAAUUCGUAAAUUGACUCGAUUAAAAAGUUUCCCAGUUGAAGUUGUGCUGAGCUUCAUGACAUGAAUUCACCAAACAUCGUCUGUGUUUCUAACAGCUUCGUGUUUUUAUUCCAUGUUUUGUGUCUCUGUGUCAAUCUAAAGAUCUUUAUAUAGUUAUAUUGGUUUUCCCAUCAGUCCAACCGAUUACUUCUUUUUUUUGAACAGUGCGGAGGCAUUAUAAAGUUUCACCGUCGCUUUCUGCCUUAGCCAUGAGAACAUCAAGGGAAAACACUGAUUUCGCUGAAGUCUGUUAGUGUGGUUUCUCAUUCUGUGAUCGCCCGAUGCUUUCUACCCAGGGGGGAGCUUAAGGCCUCCAUUAUUGUUUUUCUUUUCACAUAUUUUGAUUUGUUUCCUCUCUUUCUUUCUCUCUCUCUCUGUCUCUCUCUCUCUCUCGCCUUGUUAGAAUAAUACUGUGCCCUUUGCAUGACUGUUAUAAGCUCUGUAUACAAAGACGACGAUGUUAAGUGCCACACCAGCCGCGGCAAAUCCACCCGGGGGAGAAGCGCCCAGGCUCUGUCCGUGUUCUACCUUGCGUGGUGUGUGUGCGCGCACACACACACACACACACACACACGGUGCUUUUUGUCCCGUUCUGGAUGGUUUUGUUUUGUUUUUGUCGUGGCGCCUCCUGCCGGCGGCGUUUCUUUCCCCCGUCUCCGUCGUGGUGGUGGUUCUGCAGGGUUGGGCCCCGGUCGCUCGGGGCCAGACGCUCGUCCGCCGGUGAAGACUUGUCGUCGUGGCCAAUAGGAGAAUAACCAUAUAUCCGUACAUGUACAAC